UUAUCAAAAGGCGUAUUCGCCAAUCGCCAUUCCUUUGGUACACAGGUACAAAACGUUAGAAUUUAUUUUACUUAAGCCCUAGUUAUCGAUAUUGGGCUGUAAUUUUCAGUUUCUCGCUAAAUUCCGAAUAUCGUUGGAAAGAUUUUCAUUGUUACGCCUAUUUCGGGGUGGAUUAUUGUUAAAAGAUGAUAAAGUGAUUUGUUUGUCGCAGUUUUGGAAUAUUUUAUGAACUAAAUUGAUAUGUAGUGUCUUGUUUAUCGUAUAAUUGAUAUCUUCUGGUAAAGAAGUUGCUUACACCAUGGAUGACGACGGGGAUGAUAAAGAUGACACCAAAAGGAGAACUCGCAAUCUUAGUGAGAAGAAGAGGAGAGACCAGUUCAACAUGCUUGUCAAUGAACUCGGUUCUAUGGUAUCAACAAAUAAUAGAAAAAUGGAUAAAUCAACUGUUCUUAAGUCUACUAUAUCAUUCUUAAAGAACCAUAAUGAGAUAACAGUGCGAUCACGAGCUCAUGAUGUCCAAGAAGAUUGGAAGCCGGCUUUCUUAUCUAAUGAGGAAUUCACCUACUUAGUCUUGGAGGCCUUGGAGGGUUUUGUUAUGGUAUUUUCAGCUAGCGGUUGCAUUUACUAUGUAUCGGAAAGUGUGACAUCUUUGCUAGGGCAUACUCCGGGAGACAUUAUCAAUAAAAGUAUAUUUGAUUUGGCAUUUGUUGACGAUCGUCCAAAUCUAUACAACAUUUUGCAAAAUGGUGGUACCCUUGAUCCGACCCAAGUUGUGACGACAGAUAAUCCUAUAAGCUUCCGUUGCCGCCUGCAAAGGGGAACAUUAGAUUUCAGAGAUGAAGUAACCUACGAAUUGGUCCAAUUCGAUGGCCACUUCCGUAAAAAUCUGGAGUCGAAUGAGAACGGCCAUCAUUCGUAUCAGGAUGAACACGAAUCGAGAUUACUAUUCGUAUGCACCGGCAGGCUGUAUAUGCCACAGCUAGUUCGCGACGUGUCUCUCGUGGAUACUAUUCGUAGCGAGUUCACAUCCCGCCACAGCCUGGAGUGGAAGUUUUUGUUCUUGGACCACCGCGCCCCUCCCAUCAUAGGAUACUUGCCAUUCGAAGUCCUAGGCACAUCAGGAUACGAUUACUACCAUUUUGAUGAUCUAGAGAAGGUCGUGUCCUGUCACGAAGCCUUGAUGCAAAAGGGCGAGCUGACUUCGUGCUACUAUAGGUUUCUGACCAAGGGUCAACAGUGGAUCUGGCUCCAGACACGUUUUUAUAUAACAUACCAUCAGUGGAACUCUAAACCCGAAUUCGUUGUUUGCACUCAUCGAGUCGUUAGUUAUGCUGAUAUAAUAAAAAGCACAAAACAGGAGCGUACAGAGACUGAGGAGUCUGUUCGUGACUGCGAUCAUAACGGAUCGUCUUUGAAGGAUCCUUCCACUGAGGACGCUAUGGUGCCCGUAUCACCCUCAUAUAUGUCAGAGGCAAGCGACGCCUUCGCCACCUCAUAUAAUUCUAUGUCCAAGCUGGCAUCGGUGAAGUCUGCGGCCACAUCAGGCAGUACAAGUGCGACGGUGGCCACACUUGGAACUGCCAUCACCACAGCGAGUGCCACAUGGCCACCACGAUCAUCCUACCUGCUGUACACAACUGGUUCUGACACAACUUCCGUAUCCGGUGGAUCUCGAUCCUCGCAGAGGAAUAGCUCUCAGGAGUUGCAGAGGUUACCUGAACCGGCACUGGUGCCGCAACACGGUAUUGGUGCUCAAUAUCUGGAGCCCGCCCCCUACGUGGGCGCUGUCGGCGUCCCCGCUGUACUGCCGCUAUCUCUACCACCCAUACCGGUUAUAGUCGCACAAGAUCAGGCCCAGUUACAGGAGCAGUUGCAGCGAACCCAUCGUGAGCUGCAGCAGAUGAUCGUGAGGCAGCAGGAGGAGCUGCGCCAGGUGAAGGAACAGCUGCUGUUCGCGAGGCUCGGUAUACUGCAGCCGGUUAUCAACGUCCAGGAUCCGUUCACGAAUCCAGAGCAAAUGCCGAACCGGUCGUCCAUCAUGUACGAUGGUAACAGACAGCUAAGCUAUCCGCAGACGAGCCACCAGCAAAAUCACAACAUGCCGCCACAGUAAACUUGCCACAACGCAUUCGCCACAAUAUAUUUGCCACAGUUCGUUAAACAUCUCGUUGGCGUUACGGAACAAAUGACAGUUACCGUAAACGGCAUUUAUUAUUAUUGCGAAUAAUUAUUAAUCGAUUUUUCUGAAUGGUAUCGUUUUUAUAAGCAAACUCAGCUCUGAUAUUGCAACAUUAUUAUUAAAACCAAAUGAAUGCCAAAUACGUUGUCCGACGAGCCAAGGUUUGUAAUUAGGUGUACGUCUCGAUUUCUAUACCACGGGUCCUGGUCACAGGGGAACCCAUACGGCAGGUCAAAUGGCCGGCCAUACCGGAUCUCAUGUAUAAUAAACAUUGUUUAUGCACAACUUUUAUUAAGUUACCAUUUCAUAUAAACAUAAUUUAUUAUUUCGUGCAAUAUUAUGUCUUUUUUUUUUUGUCUAUUGUUUCUUUGAGACAUUUUUUUGUCUAUUGCUAUUCUGCGUAACGUAUAUGUGUAUACAUAAAUUUGUCGUUUUAGUGCAUCAUCUAAAUUCCAACCAUAGCAAAUGGUUGUGAUCCUACGUUUCCGUCACUGGUUAGACGAAAUUUGUAUGUGAUGUGCUAUUAAUCUUCCGUCAGUUAUGGGUUAUGUUUGGUUUGGAAAAAAAAAUAAUUUAGGUAGAAAAAAAAAAAUUGAUAUGAAUAAUAUAUUCCAUACAUAUAUUAAUACGUAGUGAUUGUAUACGUGGUAUUCGUUGUAUAUCGUACUGUUAAAUGUGCCAUCAUAGAUUUUCGCGUUUCUCCGUUGGGCCUCUUAGUAUUUUUUUUUUUUUUUUAUAUUUAUUUUGUUUUUUUUUUGUCCCAUUAAGUGAAAAGUAUGUGAUAUUUUUCGAGGGUCGUUUUUAAUUCGUCAUUUUUAUUAAGUAAAAUUAUUGAUAUACGCAGUUGUCUGUUGUGUUGUAUAGAUUUAUUUACGUUAUGAUAAAUAUAUAUAUUUUUUUUAAUACAGUGAAUUGUUUGGAAAUGAUUUGAAUAUUUUUUCUAUUAUAUUAUUAUUGCCGGUACGCUUAUUAUAUGUUUGCGUCGUCGCUGCAUACGAAGCGUUACCCGUUUUUGUUUCAUUAACCUACGUUGAUGCUGUAAUGUGCGAAUUGAUGAAUGAUAAAACUGUCAACGCUCCGUAUGUAGUGUGACGAUACAAACAUAUAAUAAGCGUACUGUUGUUGUUAUUUCAAGCGUAUGUGUAAUUGUUUUAUAAGUAAUCUUUUGUUGACAUUAGGAAGAUUGUGUUGCCAGUGUUGGUAAUAAUUUUAAUAAUUAAUUAAUAUAUAUAUAUAUAUAUAUAUAUAUAUACUUCAAUUGCGUUUUUUAGUCUUAAUACAUGGUGUAGAAUUUAAUACAUUUGAUGUUUAUAUUACUUAGAAUACGUAUAUGUAUGACAUUUAUAAUAUAAUCUACUUAGGUAUUAGUGUCAUUAGUGGUGACGAUGUGAAAAAAAAAAGUAAAUUAAUGAAUGUACGACAUUUAGUAGUUGUCUAAUUUUAAAUUUAAAUUAUUUACUAUACUAUAUAUUGAAUAAUUUAAAUUUAAAUCAUCGUUAGCGUAAUACAUUAUCUCAAUAUUAGCGCGUAUUAGAUGUAAUUAUAAUAUCAUAUACAUUUAACUGUUUAAAUCUUGAAAUCUUUUUGUAUAUCAUUACACGUGGUUUUGAGUGAGUGAUGGUGACUGGUGCUCUUCGAUUAAUUUUUUUAAUUGUAAUGAUUUCUUAUACUUUAAGACUAUUUUUCAUUUUUUAUUUAUAUAUAUGUAUGUGUGACGUAUUCUACGUCUAACAAUAAGUAUGGUAAAGUGAUAAUUUAUAUAUAUAUUCCAAAAAACAUACUGUAUUAGAUGUUUUAAAUUUUUUGUGAAUGAAUCUUAAAUUUAUUAAUAUUAAUUUUUUUUCUUCUAUAUCUAUAUAAAUGUCGACGAUGUCUAUAUAUUAAUGUAGCUGGUAUUAAAUGUAUUUCUCACAUAAACACUGAUCAGCUGACGACUUCUGCUCACCUGCUGUAUGUAUUCAACGCGGGUAGUUACAGAACGGUUUGGUCUAUCAUUACUGUUAUUAUUUUAUGUACUAGUUUUUUUUUUUUUUAAUUUUAAAUCAUGGAAUAAUGUCUUUAAUAUUUUUAUUAACAGGAAAUGUAAUAUGUUGAUGAUGAACUCUACUUGCCAUAGUUUUAUGUCCAUGUUUAUAUUAAGUAAAACCAAAUAUGUGAUUAAGUUAAACAUUUUUAAUGUAAUAAAUGUACUUAUGUAUUGUA